GUUUACCUCAUGUUCUGUCUCUGGUCCUGCAAGAACUAAGCCAGUUCUAUAAAAGAGAUAUCAGCAGUGUUGGUGUGUUGUAUGACCUGCUCCGGUCCCCAUGGCUACAGGCUCUUCUAAAGGUUUAUGAAUGCCUUCAUCAGUACAUCAAAAGGAGGCCCGUUCCACUCACACCGCAGGCGCGUUCACUGACCAGUGAGGUUUCAGAGUUGUUGCGUGGAGUCCAUCCAUCUUCAGAGGUGAGAGAGCUGAGGAAACUUCUGCGCAACCCCCAUCUGAAGGCUUUACUAUCAGCUCACGACACUGUGGCCCAGAAAGAUUAUGAACCGAUUCUUCCACCUUUGCCAGACAACAUUCCUGAAAAUGAGGAAGCUAUGAGGAUUGUCUGCCUUGUGAAAAACAAGCAACCUCUCGGUGCCACUAUUAAACGCCAUGAGCUAACAGGAGAUAUAACUGUGGCAAGAGUCAUCCAUGGCGGGUUGGCCGAUAGAAGUGGGUUGUUGUACGCUGGAGACAAACUGGUGGAGGUGAAUGGAGUUCCAGUGGAAGGGCUGGAGCCGGAGCAAGUCAUCCACAUUCUG